UAUGUAAACGAGCUAUUGAUGAGAAAUUUUUUUAUUUUUUUCCCAUGAUUUCCUAAAUGUUGUCUCUGUAAUUUCCUUUUGGAACAUUUCUAAACAAUCUACAGGGAUUACUAUUGGAUAUUAUGUAAUUAAACAUGAUUGGAGGAAUUUGCUCAUAAUUUAGGAAAAAGAAAUUCAUUGUCUAUAUAUUAAUCUACUCGCCUAACCAUUUGUUUUUCCUUCUGUGACCAUUGUGGGUUUGAGUUUACCCUGUAUUUGAUUUUGUGACACAGAAGAUCCUAAGCUAGAUUUUGAUAUGGAAAACUCUAGGAGAAUAGAGAGUAAGAGUUCCAUUAAUGAAAUAUUUGAUCAGAGCUCUUGUGCCUUUUGCAAAUCUAUGCCAAGAAUGUCUUAUGCUGAUUCACUCUGGGGAAGUUGCGCUAUUCAUCCUUCUUCUCAGAUCAAAGAGAGUAUCUAUUCAAGUGUUUAUGAAGCUUCCAGAAAACAAAAGCUUAUACUCAAUGAAGAAAACAAUCAAACCCAAUGGAUUCCUGAAUGUGUCAAAGAAAAAGAAGAAAGGCGUGACAAUAAAGCGUACGGCCCAGAACAGUGCUUCAUGGGUUCUUCUGUAUACUAUGGAGGACCUGACGAGCUAUAUUAUAUACAUGAGGAAAAAAAGCCAGGAAAGCAACUGGAGCAAGCCAUGGACCCAUUUUUUCCCAAAUAUACAACGAGAGGAAAUUGGUGGGAAGGUUCUUACAACUACUGAGAAGUUGUGGAUCCUUUAAUAUUUAAUAUUUAAGUAUCUGUGAAACUCUUGAAGAUAUUGAAUGAAUUCAAUACACAAGAAAGUGAAGUCAACAUGGAACUGCUGUCAUUGCGCUACUAAGUGAAAUGGUGCUAUUUGAAUAUAAAUAAAUAGUGUCUUUGAAUUCCUACUACUAAUGACUACUAUGCUAUAAUCAUAUGUCUUUAACAAACAUUUGCAAGUAUAUCUAUAUUAUAUUUAAAUAUAUCCACUUAUUUUGUA